CAUUACAGCCGCCGCGAGCACGGCGUUCCAGCAAGAUAAACCUUAGGAGGACCUUAUCUGAUCUCUCUCUUUAAACAUAUACCCACUUUUUAUUACACUGGUAUCGUUUUUACUCUAAAGAAUAAUUUAAUAUCAGUAUUAAACAUCGACAAGUGUAUCACUGUCAGGUUUACAAAUUAUUGUUCAUUUUUAUUUAUUUAUGUUUUGUUGCGAGGUGUUUAUUUUACAUAGGUAGUUAAUAUAAAAUUUAAUAAUAAAAAAAUGUAUGCAAGAGCCCCUAGGGUUACCUACGUACUAACAGGAGGCACUGCAGCUAAUGUGGGACCAGGCUCCUAUGAGAUCAAUCAAAGGCAGGCUAACAAACCAGACUGCUAUGCUCCAUUCAUGUCGCUGGCCUGCAGAGAGACCAUUUUUCAAAUGUCUGAGAAUGACAUGGCAUCCCCUGGACCUGGGCAGUACGACACCAGCCCUGUGAAGAGUCGAAUUCUGGGCGGACAGAGCCUUCAGAAUCGGUCACGGCGUUUUGAGGACACGGUUUCGGAGAUCCCUGGGCCGGGAGCGUACGACGUCCUGCAGGACCGCCCCACAGAGGGCAACCGAACGGGGAGGAGGCCGGGCAAAAGGGGCGUGUCCAACCUGCUGAAGAGCCUGAGGCAGCCGGACAUCCCCUCCAUCCCGUCCCCAGGACAGGCCUUCGGAUACGAGGAGAGCGACCAGGGGAUCCUCCACCGGCAACCGCUGCCUCCCAAGGACGACACGCUGGGGCCGGCUUACUACUGCCCUCUGGUGGCCGAGAGCUCCUCCUCCCAGAAGUACAGAGGGGUGCAUUUUGGGAAGAUGACGGGGAGGCGGGGGGAGGCGCGGGUGUCCGAGGGCCCCGGACCGGGGGAGUACAGUCCUGAAGAGAAUCACGGCGUCCUCUACGAGAACGUCAAUGUGAAGAAGGAGUCCAGGAGCAGGGCCGAGCUCGUCCUGCCGCGCUACCCCGAGAUGCUGACGCUGCGGGAGGAGAAGAAGGGCGUCCCGGGUCCCGGGCAAUACAACAUCAAGAGCCAGUUUGAGAGGACGGGCAGCCGAAAAAAGGACCCCGCCGCCAACCCCCCCUUCCUCUUCCAGGCUCAGCGGUUCAUCCCAGUGAAGGAGGCGGCGCCCCCUGUUGGCCUGUACGAGGACCCGCGCUCGGCCUUGGACGCGCUGAAGAAGACCACGGGGCCGAAGAGGAGCCCCUUCGGCCAGACGGCCGUGCGCUUCGUUCCCCCGACCGGCAAAUCGCCCACGCCCGGUCCGGGGGCGUACAACGUGUUCGACUACGGCAUGGCCCAGGACAGCCUGAGGAGGGCGCUGCUGGAGAGGAACAAGAAGGGAGGGUUCGGGUCUCGAGCCCAGAGAAACCCCGCCUUCGUCAAGAGGGAGGAGGCGGAGCUCCCGGGGCCCGCGCAGUACCGGGUGGAGAAAACGCUGGAGGAGCCGUACAAGCAGAAGCACACGGCCGUGUUCAAGUCAGUGACAGAGAGGCUAACGAGCGCCCAGGCAGCGCAGGCCACCCCGCCCCCCAGCUGCUACAACGUACACGAGUCCUUUGAGAGAACGCGCGGCCGCACCUUCUACAUGCCUCCCAGGAACGAGGGAGCGAGGAAACGACAGAGCUGCUUCCUGAGCGCCGCCCCCCGACUCUCCUCUUUCCAGCCCCCGGACCCCGACAUCCCAGGUCCCGGCCAAUACAGCCCUGCUGUCAAGUCCAGUCCUAAGAUGGCGCUGAUCGUGUCCCAGGAGGACCGCUUCAAAGAGCCGAAGGAUAUAGCGCCCAGCCCGGCCACGUACGAGCUGAGCCCAGCGAUCAUGGACACCGUCCUGAAGGGAACCUUCAACGUGACCCUGGACAACCCCCUGGCCGCACGCCCUCAUGCCCCGCCCCUGCAGAGCACAGCCCAGCCUGCUCUCGCUCUCACCAGCGCUUAAGGUCAAAGGUCAAAGGCAUCUGGAUGGAAAUUUAGGAAUUUGAAGACUGGAAAUUUUCUUUGUUCAUCACUUGUAUUUUCUCUGCUAUCACGGUUUCGAUUUUUUUUUUUUUCAACGUUCAAGCACAACGGAUACUCUCAAGGCCAAAAAGACGAAAUCCUCGUCAGGUUACAGAGAGGGGCGUCGGCCUUUUCCUAAUCACGUAAACGCUCUUAAGAAGACAAUGCUUUAUGGGCAGUUCAGUCCCGUCCCUCCCACUUCCCCCCCAUCCCCUUAACC